AGAUCCUAUACAUGAUAAAUUCACAUUUUUAGCCCUCUAUAUUCGUAUAUUGGCAACUUCCAACCUUGUUUUAAUUUCUUUAUUGCAUUCUAACGGAGUUGCCUUUGCAGAACCCAAUGAAAUCGUGUGUGCUCCCACCGUUAUCAUCGUAUGAGCCUGUCGAUUUUUGCAACUCCAUGUGAGUUCUCAUGUAAUUUGCUCCGGUAAUCUUCGAAAUGCUUUGUAUCAUUGCAUUAUCAGUUCAUAUUGUCUGUCAUUAGGCUCUAUUUCGACCUCAAGCUGUUUCCUCAUACGUAAACCCUAAUUAUCCUGCCCAUUCUCUUUGUUGGCUUGCGGAUUGAAAUCAUAACGUUUUCUGAGUUGUUUUAAUUUGACUUCAAUUUUCGAAACCCCUCAUCGAUCGACACUUGAAUCGAUACUCGAUAUCUUGUUUCGACAGUCGAUGGCUUGUGGAAUUCACAUUUUAGCGCUGAAGUACUAUUCCUUCUCGGCAAUUGUUAAUGAAACCAAUGAACGUGCCAUCGCUAAGGAAAAUCCUGAUUCAGUGCUUCACUGGAGAGACAAACAUAGCUUUGUUUCACCAUUCCGUAACCAAAGUUUCCGAAAAAGACAACGUACUUUGGAGAUGACUUUUGCUCUAAACACUGGUGGUUUACCUACCAAUGGUGACCAAGAAAGCAUCAAUGGUGAAAGCCCAACGGGCCUGGGCCAAACAAGAUUGGGCCGAUUAGUGAGUGCAAGUGGGAGACAACUAUUGGAUAAACUAAACUCAGCUAGAAAGAAUUUCCCAAUGAAGGUAUUUCUUUUACUCCUUGGUUUCUACACUGCAAAUGCAUUAGCUACAAUCCUAGGGCAAACUGGGGAUUGGGAUGUUUUAGUUGCAGGUGUUGUGGUGGCUGCAAUUGAGGGAAUUGGUAUGUUGAUGUAUAAAAAGUCAAAUAGUAAGAGGUUUGAGUCUUUGAUAGUCAUGGUGAACUAUUGGAAAGCUGGUGUUUGUUUAGGUCUCUUUGUAGAUGCUUUUAAAUUAGGUAGUUAAUUUUUUUUACUAUAUUGUUUGCUUUAGAGAGUUGGAGUAAUUAUAUUCUACCUCUAAAUUCCUUUUUGACUAUUGAGAGAUAUUGAUAAUAAGUGUUUUACCGAUUA